ACGUAAAAGUAGUUAUUGAUAUUAAAUUUAUUUGGCAAUGUAAUGACUAUCUAUAUCAUACAUUCAAGAGAAUUUAUUUGGUACACUUUCGUGCAUAUCAUUUUUGUGGAUCUUUUCAUCUAUUCUUUUAUUUGGCAAUGUAAUGACUAUCUAUAUCAUCAUUAUUUCAUUCUUCUUGCAAUUAUUCUUCAGUGUUCUUGCAAAAUCCCUGCAAAUUUCUCUUCUUUUUGUCUUGCUAUCCCUCUCUACUUUGUUGAAAUGGCAGGAGGUCAAAGAAAACGAUCUCACACCGGGAAGAACGUUGCUUCCUCCUCGGCUCCUCCUCCACCACCGGCGCACAAGUACCUCGAUGGGUCGUUCCUUUGGUUCAACGACCGCGCAGAGGCGACGCGGUUCUCGGAGAAGUUUGAGUACCUGGAAAUUCUUCCUCCCCGAUUCUCCACCGCCUGCUUCAUUCAUGACUCCAUUCCACGUGAGACACGAGUUAUCCUCGAACGUGGAAACUUCCUCGACCUCCUCUACAUCAAGAAGGCUCAUUAUCACCCCUUUCUUGUUCGAGCUUUCUACUCGAACUUGAAAAAGGAUGAGGACGGAGCGUUGAUCUCUAACGAGGACACGAAGACAAUUCAUGAGAUGAUUCACAACGCCAAUAUCAAUUGGUGUAAAUUUGUGAUGACUCACAUGUUCAACGCCACCUCCGACAACCGGCCGCUCCCCUAUGCUCUCCUUGUCAUGGCGGUCCUUGAUGAGUUCCACAUCAAGACGGACGUCGGGUCAAAAUGUAAAGGAACAAAGCAUGGGGAGAUUGACGAGUCUUCCUUCCACCCGGAAACCGAUGAAGCUACGUUCCCGCAGCCUCGUCCUCGCCGCCAACCGAGAGCCACUGCCUCGACCGCCGCCGCUUCAACCAACCCUUCUCUUGCCGAGCAAAUGGCGGCUUUGACCACCACCCUCUCUCGGAUAGACACCAACGUCUCCAAAAUGGCACACAACGUCAAUAUCUUGAGCCGUGAGCUUCACGGGUAUUUUGACUUUGUCAAUUACCCGUACGCUCAAAUGGUCCCCUACGUUCCUCCACCGAAUUUCGGAGGUGAACAGAGUGGGACUCAAAACGUUGGUAGGGACGACGCGGUGGACGAAGACGAAGAAGAAGAAGAAGCCGAUGAUGAUGAUGAUGAUGAUGAUGGCGAUGGUGAUGAAGAAGAAGAAGAAGAAGAAGACAUUGACGAAGAACAACUUCUCAAUGAGCUUUCCCCGGAUUUCUAGAGCUCUAGCUAUACUUUCUUCUCUUCCUUAUUUUAUCAUCUUUUAAUAUGCUUUCGUUAUGUACUCCGCUAUUUCCCUUAAUUAAUUAAAAAAAAUCUUUAUGAUUUUU